AUGUUUUGGGUCGAUAGAACGGGCUUCAUCCCCCUCUUGGAAGCGCUCAAGGCCAAGGCCGUGGUGUCGCUGAGGAAUCGGCGGAUGGGGAAAACGCUCUGGAUAGACACGCUGGCGCACUACUACGACGUGGCGCACAAGGGCCGGUUCAAGGAGCUCUUCGGCCACCUGGAGAUUGGGAAGGCGCCGACCCAGCUCGCCAACACCUUCCACGUCCUUCCCCUCACCUUCGCCGGCAUCAAAUCCCACAACUUCGACGAUUUCAGGAGGAGCCUCAACGCCGCGCUGAACCAGGCUGCCGCCGACUUCAAGGAGCGCUACAACCUUUCGUUUGAGCUGAAUGAUCGGGACGCAGCCAUCACCUUUCAGGGCCUGGUAGAUGAGCUCAAGAGAAAAAACGAAAAGCUCUACGUACUCAUCGACGAGUACGACGUGAGCAUCAACAAGGCCCUGGGCGACCUGCCCCUGGUGAGCGAAAAGGGCCUCCUCAAGAGCAUGGAGAACACGUACGCCGAGUUCUUCAGCAGGAUCAAGACGGCCUGCGACAGGAACGUGGCGCGGUGCUUCGUGACGGGGGUAACGCCGCUGGCCCUGAACGAGUUCACGAGCGGGUUCAACAUCGCCGAGCACAUCACCCGCGACCGGCGAUUCGCGUCGCUCUACGGCUUCACCGAGGCCGACGUUCGGAACGGACUCGCGAGGCUGCACCGACUGCAGCCAGAGGUCGUCGACAGGAUCGUGGACUCGUGGAGACGCGACCACAACGGCUACCAUUUCCACCCGCGGCAGGAGGUGGCGCUCUACAAUCCGACACGCGUUCUCAGUUUCGAUCCGCCGCUGUCGACGCUUCGGCCUGAAGAGGCGGCCGACUUCCUGCUCAACGAAAUUCAAAGCGACCCCAACUCGAUGCCGGCCGAAGCGACCCUGGAGGCCAUCAAGUCCAGUCCGUAUGCUUCGCUGGUGGUCGCAGAAGCCCUGUCCUCAGAUGACGCUGAGCUCGAGUGCGCAGGCGGGGUUGCGAACCAGUUCCGCCUGUCGCACAUGCACGAGCUCAAUACGGGUCGCACGCCGUUGCUCUCGUUCAUGUUCUACACCGGGGCGUUGACCUACGCUCGAUCUCCGCCCAAGCUCAAGCACUCCCUGCGCAUCCCGAACAACGUGGCCCGCAAGGAGUUUACGGUCGAGCUGCAGAGGCUGCUGGACAUCGAUGAAAUCGGAGUGCAGCAGCUGCGCGGGGCGAUCGUGAAAAUGGUGGACGGGAGGCAGGUCGAGCCGUUUUGUCGAGCCGUCUCCCGAUUCCUGCUGCGCGGACUCGACGGACGCGAUGCGCUCGGUGGGGAGGACCCCUUCGCACAAGCUGUCUACGAUGCGAUGUUGCUUGCUCGCCGCCCUGGCGACUGCGUGAGGAAGGAGUAUAAAGUCGACCCGGUGGCCAGGCACUCCAACACGUCGGGUCCCGCACUGGAUGUCGUCUACAUCGGCCAGCAGGCGGUCGCCCCCCAGAAACCGCAGCACUACUGUUUCACGCUCAAGAACGUGAAGGUGCAAGGGCUGGUGCUUGGCCAAGGUGUGCAGAGCUGGGAGAAGCAGGUCGAGAUCUCCCGUACUAUCGACAACAUGGGCGGCGAUGACGAGGCUGUCCUUGACCUGCCCCUUGCCAAGGGGGACAACUUCAGGAAGCCUGGGUCCACGGUGCGGACUGUGUUGGAGGAGGCGAUCCAAGAGGCUCGAGGUAAAUAUGUGCCCGCCCUGCAGGCCGAGGUUGGGGAGGCCAAUGUCCAUUGCUGGGCUCUGGUGCGGGUGGGCAUGACAAGGAUUGUUUGCAAGAAGGUCCUUCCUGUUGAACAACAACAAUAA